AAACCCGGGGCUUGCCUUUGCCACCUCCACCCGCCGGGACCAUGUCGGCCGAGCCCGCGAACGGCCCCACGGCGGACCAGGUGGAGAUCCUGGAGUACAACUUCAACAAGGUCAACAAGCACCCGGACGCCACCACGCUGUGCCUCAUCGCGGCCGAGGCCGGCCUCUCGGAGGAGGAGACCCAGAAAUGGUUUAAGCAGCGCCUGGCCCAGUGGCGGCGGUCGGAAGGCCUGCCCUCAGAGUGCAGAUCCGUCACAGACUAAGGAGACGGCGGGCAUUGGCAGCUGGGCUCCAUGAAGACCAUCUGCUGUUUCUCUCCUCGGCUUAACCAAGCUGUUUUGGUUUCUCAGUGUAGUGUUGUGUUCCGUUGUUAGCUGUCCUGCUAUUUAACACGAUGUUGUAUUUUUUUAAUGUACAUAACUAGAAAAGAAAAUAACAAUCGGAAGCUAUGUGCAACUUCUGUGUAAAGCAGUGGCUUGGCCGGGCAAGUGGUGUGGCUGGCAUUUCUCUUUGGGUCAUGAUGACAAAAGGUGUGAAAACCAUCUAAGUUUGCAUUUGACCAUCGCCUCCCGGUAAACAAUUUGUUUUCAACAUCCAUUUCAGAGCAAUCAGGCCUUUGUUGAGAAGAUAACAUGAUGGAGAGGAGAAAACAUUUCCUUCUGAAUCUACUUCCCUAAGUCGUUUUCUUUAUAUUUCACCUAAUACCAUGAUGGUUGCGUGAGAAUACAGGGGGGUAGUCAAGUCAUUCAGAUUUCAUAAAACAGUUGUUUGGAUUGUAGCUGGAAAGAACCCACUUAGGCUAGAAGACAGAAACUCCAACUGACAGAGAAGCAAGUAACUGAGAAAAAAAUCCACAAAACGUCUUGAAUUUACCUUAUUUAAAUGCAUUGGUUGAAUUUAUUUUGCUAAUUCAAAUGAACUGCUUUUUGUCUCUAAAAUGAUAUUCUAAAUAAAACUUUAACUUUUUGUUGAAAA